CUUUUACAAACAAACAGCCGCACCCAAAUCUUGUCCGACUCACCACACUGCACGCCCACCAGAGUCGCUAGAAUGGCCGACAAGUACAUCCCCGAGCACCGUCGCACGACGUUCAAGGCGAAGAGCGCCUUCAAGCCAGACGAACUCCGCCGCCGCCGUGAAGAGCAACAGGUCGAGAUCCGCCGGGCGAAGCGUGAGGAAAACCUCGCAAAACGCCGCGGUAUCGCUGGACGGGACCAGCCGGGCGCCUCGCUCGGCGCUGCCCCCGACAGCGACGAUGAGGGCGGCAACAUCGAGAGCCAGCUCAACGAGGAGCUCCCCCAGAUGGUAAAGGGCGUCUUCUCAGAACAGAUCGACGAGCAGAUCCAGGCGACAACCAAGUUCCGCAAGCUGCUGUCCAAGGAGCGCAACCCCCCGAUCGAGCGCGUUAUCGAGACUGGCGUCGUGAGCCGCUUCGUCGAGUUCCUGCGCUCCCCGCACACGCUGGUGCAGUUCGAGGCUGCCUGGGCCCUCACCAACAUCGCGUCGGGCUCGGCGCAACAGACACAGGUCGUCAUCGAGGCGGGCGCCGUGCCCAUCUUUGUCGAGCUGCUCAGCAGCCACGAGCCAGACGUCCGGGAGCAGGCCGUCUGGGCCCUGGGUAACAUCGCCGGUGACAGCCCCGCAUGCCGCGACUUUGUCCUGCAGGCCGGUGCUCUCCGCCCGCUGCUUGCCCUGCUGGGCGACAGCCGCAAGCUCAGCAUGCUGCGCAAUGCCACCUGGACCCUGAGCAACUUCUGCCGCGGCAAGACCCCUCAGCCCGACUGGCAAACUAUCCAGCCUGCCCUGCCCGUGCUCGCCAAGCUCGUAUACUCGCUCGACGACGAGGUCCUCAUCGACGCCUGCUGGGCCAUCUCGUACCUCUCCGAUGGCUCCAACGACAAGAUCCAGGCCGUCAUCGAGGCCGGCAUCCCCCGCCGUCUCGUAGAGCUGCUCAUGCACGCCUCGACCUCCGUCCAGACCCCCGCCCUGCGCUCCGUCGGCAACAUUGUGACUGGCGACGACGUCCAGACGCAGGUUAUCAUCAACUGCGGCUCGCUCCCUGCGCUGCUGUCCCUUCUCAGCUCCACCAAGGACGGAAUCCGCAAGGAGGCUUGCUGGACCAUCUCCAACAUUACCGCCGGCAACUCCACCCAGAUCCAGGCCGUCAUCGAUGCUAACAUCAUCCCCCCUCUGAUCCACCUCCUCCAGAACGGCGACUUCAAGACGCGCAAGGAGGCCUGCUGGGCCAUCUCCAACGCCACCAGCGGUGGUCUGCAGAAGCCUGCUCAGAUCCGCUACCUCGUCCAAAGCGGCUGCAUCAAGCCCCUCUGCGAUCUCCUCGCCUGCCCCGACAACAAGAUUAUACAGGUUGCCCUUGAUGGUCUUGAGAACAUUCUCAAGGUCGGCGAGAUGGACAAGGAGGCCAGCGAGGGUGGUGCUGGCGGCGAGCCCAUCAACCGCUACGCUCUCUUCAUCGAAGAGGUCGGCGGCAUGGAGAAGAUCCACGAGUGCCAGAACAACGCCAACGAGGAGAUUUACAUGAAGGCCUACAACAUCAUCGAGAAGUACUUCGCCGACGAGGAGGGUGAGGCGGAGAACAUGGGCGAGGCCGGACCCCAGGUCAACCAGGACGGUCAAUUCGGCUUCGGCGCCGCUGGUCAGCAGCAACAACAGAACUUCAACUUUGCCAAUGGAGGUGACUCCAUGGACAUGUAAGCGGGUCCAGGUCCGCGACGAGUCCGAAGUUGAAACGUUGCAUUUCAGUGCAGCCCUUCCACCACGCUAGCCAGCCACGAGAGCACGACUAGUAGUGUUUGCAGUAUCCUGGACGAACACGGAGAUCAUACACGAUAUGAUACAUGAUCCACGGAAGUGCUAUGAUUGCGAGGACCUUUGUGUUUCCUUUGCAAUACCCCCAUCCUUUCCAGCUAUCACUUCGCCAUGAUUUCAAUGAAGCCUUAAAGAUACACCGUCUUGUACCCCACCCAUGUUCAAUAACCGCAUCAUAUCCCCGGCGUUGCGUGUUUGUCUAGCUUGUCUGAAGAUUGGAAUGGUUGGACUGGGCGGUCUGCUCUGGAAUGGCGCUCUACACGAUUGGGUGCAAGGGCAACAUGCGCUCGCAGUCCAGCCGCGCCAGCCAGAUAGCUGAAUAAAUCGCCGAGUAAUCGGCUUACAACAUGGCC